GCCUGACCGGCAAAAGACCUCGAUGGGGAGCCACUCGGUCGCUCUCUGUACAGUCUUAAAAACGGCUUUUGCUUUUCCAUUUACCAAAGCCCAGAAGGUCACGACUCGCUAGCUGCCAUAGCGGUGUUUGCUGGGUUUCUGUCGCUGUGGUGAACGCCUUUUUCAGUGGUACAACGAAUUUUUCCUCCGGAGCCUCGGACCCGCGAUCCCUGCUUGAUAUUUUGAAGCUCACGCCACUUCUCCCUCGGCCAUUUAUAGUGCUUUCCACGGCAGCUAAUCGACAACCGUCCAACUACGUCCCUCGCAUUUGAGCGCUUGUCACCUCCCUCUGUCGCUGAUACUACAUCACGGUACCGGCUUCUCAGGCUUUUACCUUGCGACGACCAUGUCUGGCAAAAACCUCCCCACAUUCACCCCGGCUGAGAUCGAGUCUCAUAACAAUGCCAAAUCCUGCUAUGUGACCCUGGGCUCCAAGGUCUAUGACGUUACCGAUUUUGUCGAUGGUCAUCCCGGUGGUGAGGAAUUGGUUCUCGAGUAUGCUGGCAAAGACGUGGCGGAAAUACUGCGCGACCCGGCCUCUCAUGCUCAUUCGGACUCGGCAUACGAAAUACUGGAAGAAUGUCACAUUGGGUUCGUUGCCUCGGAAUCAAAUGGCAAGGCUGUGAACGGAUGCGCUUCUCAAGCAAAAGAACGACCGCUGUACGCCACGACUGGCAUGUCCUGUGAAGAGGACCUGUCUGUCGACACCGACUACACCAGGGAUUAUCAGACGCACAAGUUUUUGGAUCUGAACAAGCCUCUCCUUGCCCAGCUCUGGAACAGUGGGUUCACCAAGGAGUUCUAUCUGGAUCAAAUCCACCGCCCGCGGCACUACAAGGGAGGGGAGUCUGCGCCACUUUUUGGAAACUUCCUUGAGCCUUUCAGCAAGACCGCUUGGUAUGUGGUUCCUAUUAUGUGGCUUCCUCCUGUCACAUAUGGGACUGUCCUCGGGUUCUCUGGUCUGGCGAAUGUGCCGGCUGCCUCUGCUUAUUGGGUCGGCGGACUUUUCCUCUGGACCUUGAUCGAAUACCUCAUGCAUAGGUUUUUGUUCCACAUUGAUCGCUAUCUUCCCGAUAACCGAGUCGGUCUUACUCUCCACUUUCUGCUCCAUGGAAUCCAUCACUAUCUACCUAUGGACAAGUAUCGGUUGGUCAUGCCACCGGCUUUGUUUAUCGUCCUAGCCACCCCGUUCUGGAAGUUGGCUCACACCGUGUUCUUCUACAACUGGUAUGCCGCUCUGACGGUAUUCUGUGGCGGUGUCUUUGGCUACGUCUGUUAUGACUUGACUCAUUACUUCCUUCACCACCGCAAUCUUCCCGCCUACUACAAGGCACUCAAGAAAUACCACCUUCAGCACCACUUUGCGGACUUUGACAACGGAUUCGGUGUCACUAGCCGCUUCUGGGAUCGAGUGUUCGGCACCGAGCUCGAGACUCCGCCUCCCAAGGAUGUGAAGACCCAGUGAACGGGUUUCCGUGGUAUUAUACAUCCUGAUGCUUCUCUCCUGAGUCCUUCGCGAGUAUUAACACCUCGCUUCAUAUCCUAUGUUUUAAUGAGUUGGGCUUCUUGUGAAUUUCGUGUACAUUGAU